AUGAAUCUAGAGGCACUUUUUGUAGGUUACUGUGAAGAACUAGAAUCAUAUCUAGAUGAUUCUGAAAAUGAAUUAAAAUCUCUAGAAAAUAAAAGUAUAGAUGAAAUUAACAAUAAGAAACCAACAUUUCAGGCAUUGAUAUCUUCAAUUAAGGCUUUAUAUUCAAUAAUUGAGGUAGAGAUUGAUUUAAUGACGACAGAUAAACGAAAUGAAAAUCAGAUGAAGUUAACAAAGUACAGGCAAAGAUUUAAUAUAUUACAAGAACAGAUAGAAAGUUUACAAUUGGGAGAUUUAGACAUGUUAAAUAUUAUACCUAAUACUAAAAAUGAAUUAAUUACAGACAAGAAUUUAUCUAUAAAGACUCACUAUAAUACUAGGAAACAAAGUAAUAGUAAAGUUAUACCUUUACACUCAAAUAUUCAAAAUAAAGAUUCAAAAUUAGUCGAGGAAUAUUUAUUACAGAGUAGACGUUUGCUAGAAGAAACAGAUAGAUAUGGUCAACAAGUUUUAAUGAAUCUUAAUACACAACGUGAACAGCUACAAGGUAGCAAUAAUAAACUUGACAGGAUAUCCCAAACAUUAGAAAGUUCUUCACAAGUUCUAGAUAAAAUGACUAAAUGGUGGUAUAAACUUAUAUAG